AUGGCGAGGGCGGCGAAGGAGGCCGUGGAGACCGCGAAGGAAUUGCCCAGCCCCCGCUACAGUGGCAAGAACGCUGGCAAAGGGAGGGCGGCGCCCCUCGCCAUCAAGGCCAAGGCGGAGCGCAUUGACUUCCGAGGGCUCUGUGACAUUGGCGUCGCAAACAGGAUUCGCGUCGGCGUGGGGCUCGGGUAUUUGCCGCAGAUGGAGGGCGCGAAGUGUCCGCGCGAUUGCGGCGCUAAGUUGUCCCUCCAUGUGUUCGCAGACAGGGGGUCUCCUGGCAUCUCCGUCAACGUGGGCGACGUGCAGGUGAGUGUUCCGACGUUGUGCAGGCACCGCUGCGGCGAUUGGACGUGUAGCGGGAACAAGAUGGGCAUCGCGGUCCAGAGCGAGGAGGGCGCCCUCAUCUCUCUCGGCGGCAGUGGGAGAGCACCAGCAAGCGAAGGGCUACUCGCUGUGCACUUGGCGUGCGUGCCCGGGACUGCGCGCCACCCGAGUCGCGGAGAUUGCACGGUCGUGCAGGGCAUCUCGAAAGACUCCAUGGCGUUGUGCCUGGACAGGGUGCGCCGCCGCAUGGCCUACCUCAGCCUUGAAGAGCAGGCCCGCAUCAAGUUUAAGGGCGGCAUGCUCGUAGAGCUCGACGAGUGCAAGCCUGAGUGCCCUGGCUACCGCUUGCUCUGGAACCGUUGGCUCAUCGUGGUCGAGCGCGGCAACGGGGCCAACAUGGUUCUCAUCCAGCUCCCCUGGGAGACGAGCAUGGCUGGCGGCGGCGGCGCGCCCUUGAGCGGGGUCCAGUGCGACGAGGCCGUCAGGAAGCACCUCGGCCGCGGUGCGAUCGCCCUGACCGACGGCGCCGACUGCUACAAGGCCUUCGCCGCUGGCGACUUGAUCUGCUCGCCCUGCUGCGACCGCAAAGGUUGCCUCGAGCGCGCGAGGGCAGCGAGGUCCGCCAAGCAAUGCCUGGGGUCGCGACCAAAGCACGGGCGGGAGCGCGUCCGCGCCCACUACCGCAAGUUGGCCAUGUCGCACGACGUGGUGAGCCACAAGAAGGAGUGGGUUCUCGUGAAGGCCGUGCGUGUGCAGGACAAGAACGGGAACGUCCGCAUGGUCAAGCUCAAGCACGGCACGGAAGCGGCGGACGGCAACUGGGACGAGGUCAAGACGGCGCUCCCGUCCUCGAUCAAGAGCUCCGACCACGACCGCAUCGCCGAGUACGCGCCAUGGAACCGACCUCUUCGCUGCUUUGUGCUCGAGGUUGGUGAGGGCUAG